ACUAAAAUUUUAAUGGCAUACAAUUAGAAGCUUAACGAAACAGAUAACAAGGGCAGUGACUGUCUGUGCUAGUAUUAGUUUAGUUUAUGAAUUAAAUCUACUGUGAGAUAUAAACAAAGAUUAUAACAAGACAAGUUUGAUUAAAAUAUAUUGUGAAGAUAAUACAGGUCCAUUCCUAGUGCGAGAACCGCUACCAACACCUCUAUGUAACAAUUCACUAUACUAUAGCAUGUAUUUAGCUUAAUACAAGACUGUCAUUCCACUUUGGUAAAUCUUUCUUGCUAAAGAUUUAAUUUAUUUUUAUUUAUUUUAAUAAGACAAGUUGUAGAGUAGGUGAUAAUGACGAUCAAAGACGACAAACCAACGGAGUUCGGGCCACGGGAGAAAUGGAGGAUCCUCAAGAAUGUGCUGCUCAUCAGCUUCGCUUUUAUGGCCGAAUUCACAGCAUACAGUGGUGCAGCCAACUUACAAAGUUCCAUCAACUCCCAAGCUGGUCUUGGAACGGCGUCUCUGACUGCCGUAUACGCUGGCCUCAUCUUCUCUACUAUAUUCUUACCAGUUAUGGUUAUAAAAUGGCUUGGUCCAAAAUGGGCGAUAUCGUUAUCGUUCGUCACGUAUAUGCCCUAUAUUGCUGCCCAGAUGUACCCCAGUUUCUGGACCCUGAUCCCUGCCGCCCUCCUAUUAGGGUUAGGGGGAGGACCGCUCUGGUGUUCUAAGUGCACUUAUUUGUCCAUGAUUGCUGAAGCACACAGCAAAAUCUCAAAUAUAUCUGCAGAAGCGUUGUUGACGCGUUACCUUGGACUAUUCUUUAUGAUAUACCAAAUGAGCCAAGUAUGGGGAAACCUUAUUUCAUCUCUGGUGCUGACAGCUGGCGACAAUGAAGCAGCAGUGACAGCGGUGAACGCCAGCAUGAUCCCGGAGGUGUGCGGCGCCAACUUUCUUCCAGCAGCUGAUGCGGGCCACGCCUUCCGCCAGCAACCGCCUGAGAGGAUACAGAUGAUGAUCGGUAUUUACUUGGCGUGCAUGGCUGGUGCUGCGAUCACUGUCGCUGUAGGAGUAGAUUCUAUGAAAAGGUAUGACACAGGUCGGUCAUCGGCGAGUAAGAGUUUGUCCGGGAUGUCGCUGCUGGUGGUAACGGCUAAGCUGCUGGUGGAACCCAACCAGCUGCUGUUGGUCCUCCUCAACACUUUCGUUGGGUUCCAGCUGGCGUUCUUCACUGCAGAUUUUACUGCGGCGUUCGUCUCGUGUGCUGUUGGUACCGGGAUUGUGGGCUUCGUGACUAUGACACUGGGACUGGCGAAUGCCAUUAGCUGUGCUGUCACUGGAUAUAUUGCGAAGAUCACGGGACGUGUCCCACUGAUAUGCUGUGCAACACUGGUCCACACUGCGAUCUUCGUCACCUUCCUAGCUUGGAAGCCUCAGGAGGGCCAGAGCUAUAUCCUCUUCAUCAUUGCCGUAUUGUGGGGCUUCUGUGACUCGGUGUGGCUGGUGCAGUUGAAUGCGUACUACGGCAUCCUCUUUCCCGGCAGAGAAGAGGCAUCCUUCGCAAGCUUCAGGCUCUGGGAGUCGGUCGGUCACAUCAUAGGGUACAUCAUCUCCCCUUAUAUGAGGACCAGCCAGAAGACCUACUUAUUACUGGCGAUGAUGCUAGUGGGAGCCACUAUGUACUUCAGCGUGGAGUACAAGGAGAGAAGACGAAAGAAGUUAGAAGUUCACAGCAAAGAGGAUAAGGGAGUGGAUAAUGCUGUGUUUAAGAUCGCAGAGUGAUUUGAUGUUUAUUUUGACUUAGUCCUAAGAAUAUAGGUAACUAGCGGCCACCCGCGACUUCGUAAGCGUGGA